GAUAUUAAAGACAUUAGAAGCACAAUGGAUGGUUUUUAUGAUCAGCAAGUCCCUUUUAUGGCCCCAGGGAAAUCCCACCCGGAGGACUAUCGAGCAAGGCCUGUGAUUGACAGAAAGAGAAAGUUCUUGGACACGGAUCUGGCUCACGAUUCCGAAGAGUUGUUUCAGGAUCUCAGCCAACUCCAGGAGGCCUGGUUAGCUGAAGCACAAGUUCCUGACGAUGAACAGUUUGUCCCAGAUUUUCAGUCCGAUAACCGUAAGCACCUUCCUAGUUAUUGUUCAUUGAUCUCAUUUGAACUCUCAGUGAUAAAAAAUAAUCCUCGCUGA